CUGUAUAGCUGCAGUUUGUGUGUAACCGGGCGACAUUUCGGUUUCUAAGCGACACCGCAGUCGCUCUUUGGUGGCAGUUUUCCUCUGAAGCUCGUAUCGUAUUUAUCACGGCUGCUCUCGGAAGUCUUGCAGCGCUGUAAACCUUUAGCCAGGAUUUCCGGCUCCUUUCCAUUUGCCCUAUGCUGUUUUGUUUCCGUUUAUUCUAUUUCCGUUUUAAAAGUUUUCUUCGUGCAGAGUUAAAGUGUGAUAUUACGGAGAGUUGAUGCCGUUAUGACGCGCAGAGCGUUCGGAGGAUAUUUUAACCGUUCUUUAGCACGCGGGGACCAACGGUUGAGUGAUGGGCUGCCUCCCCUCGCGGUGCAUUCGCGUGCAAAAUUGCAGCUAACUUGCUCCGCUGUUAGACCAGCUCCAGCGCAUCGACACGUGUAACCCGCCGUCUUGGCUCGCUCUGCAUAAAACACAAUGGCUAAAAGUGAACCAGAAGAGAUGAUAGAGAUCGAGAUCGAUGAACGGGAGAAACAGGCGUGCCUGGAGGAAGGUGUUGAGGAGCAUACCAUCACUGCAUCAGAUUUGAUUCAACAAGACAUCGACAUCAAUGAGCCCAUUGGCAAUCUGAAGAAACUUUUGGAGCCCCGUAUCCAGAUGUCACUGGAUCAAUAUGAGAUCUGCUUGCAGGACAUUCAGCUUCACCCUGAUCACAGCCUCUUUGAUCAGGGAGUAAAGACAGACGGCACAGUGCAGCUCAGCCUGCAGAUUAUAACCAAACCAGGUGAAGAGAAGUUGAACAUUUUGGAAAUUGUGAAGCCAGUAGAAACAGUAGAGGUGGUGAUUGAUCCAGAUGCAGCAGGAGAGGAGGGAGCUCUGGUGGAGGAGGGCCAGCUCAUUGCUGUGGAGCGAUCUGGCUUGUCUGAUGAGACAUCAGAGCAGGUUACACGCUGGGCUGCAGCACUUGAAGGCUACCGCAAAGAGCAGGUUCGCCUGGGAAUACCGUAUGACCCUCUGCUCUGGACAGCUGACCAGGUGAUCCACUGGGCUGUGUGGGUAAUGAAGGAGUUUAACAUCGAUGAGAUGGAAAUAGGCAGCAUUCACAUCCCAGGUCGAGAUCUUUGUGCAUUCAACCAGGAAGAGUUCCUUCAGAAAGUGCCCAAUGGAGAGAUCCUCUGGAGUCACCUGGAACUUCUGCGCAAAUAUGUGUUGGCAAGCCAGGACCAGUCUGGAGGGGACGCUACUGUCACCAUUGACCAACCUGUGCAGAUAAUCCCAGCUCAAGUGAGCACACCCACAGCCAUAAAGGUAUUGAAGCAGAGCCGAGGCCCUAGAGCUCCCCGCAUUUCAGGAGGAGAGGAGCGCAGCUCGCCUGGCAACCGCACAGGCAACAACGGGCAGAUCCAGCUGUGGCAGUUCCUGCUGGAGCUGCUGACAGACAAGGAUGCCAGAGACUGCAUUUCCUGGGUGGGCGAGGAGGGCGAGUUCAAACUCAACCAGCCGGAACUUGUGGCGCAGAAAUGGGGCCAGCGCAAAAACAAACCCACUAUGAACUAUGAGAAACUCAGCAGAGCCCUCAGGUAUUACUACGAUGGGGACAUGAUCAGCAAGGUGCAAGGCAAGCGCUUUGUCUACAAGUUUGUGUGCGACCUGAGAACUCUGAUUGGCUACAGUGCGGCUGAGCUCAACAACCUGGUGACCGAGUGUGAACAGAAGAAACUGGCUCGUAUGCAGAUGCACGGCAUUGGCCAGCCAAUCACUACAGUGACCCUGGCCACCACGACACUAGACAAAGACAGUUGAAGAACGCCACGAUACAGCACUCUCCGGCUGCCGCGGGCAAACAUCGCUCUCCACAGCUGAUUGAAAAUCAAAUUAACUUUCUUCUUUCUCUGACACAGCUGUGUUCAUUAGACACAGAAAUGCAAAGCUGAUCCAUGAUUGAUCAGUGUGGAGUAACAUCAUUGUUAUUGUCUUUACAGUUUGAUUCAAGUUAUAUGGAGACAGGUAAAACCUUUUUUUUUUUUUUUAACGCUAACCAAGAGAAGCGCAUUCAGGAUGAGAGUGUGAGUGUCUGCGAUUACUGAGAGCUGUUGUUGUGUGCAUGUGACCGAAUGCUUGAACGUGUGACUGAAAACCCACAUAUGAGCUUUGUGUAAUGUGUCUGUAGUUUAGGAUCAAAUUUCCACUGUAUAUACCGGUACUUCAUGUUUUUGAUAGACACAAGGACAAGUGUAUUUUCAUAUUUUCCAUUUAUAGAGGACCUGUUUUGUAUUUUAUUUAGUGUUUGUUCCCUAAAUUGUUGGACCUUUUUUGUCCACUAGAGGGAAUAAAGUGGCAAGCAUUUUUCUUAA